AAUAAUUCAAAGGCAAUAUUUUGUUGGUUUAUGCUGGCCAAAAACAAAAAACAAAUAGGCAACAUUUUGAUAAAGACGUAGCCAUGUAUGAUAGAUAGAUAAGGCCGACUGGAUGUUGAUUAGCUUGAGGUCUGUGCUCGAGGUUCAGCCAUUGAGGGCAGCUAGUUAUAGUUUGGACGCCUCGCAAUGUACGCACGAGCAAAGGCGAGUUUUAUGCGCUUAGCGCUGCUCACGCUGCUGCUGCUGAGCGGGCUGCUGUUGAUGCUGAAUUUGCUGCAGGAGCAAAGCAGACAGCAGGACAGCAGAGAGCCGCAGCCGCAGUCGAGACAGUUGAUGAGCAAAGCGACGCCACCGCCGCUGCGGCUGAUAGAGGAGCCGCUGGACGAGCAGCUGGUGCAGCAGCUGGAGCAGGAGCUGCCCGAGGUGGACUACGAGUUCUGGUAUAAAUACGCAAAGCCGCAUAGCUAUCGCUAUAAUCGAAGCUGUGCGCCAUAUGCCGAUCCGCUGGAGCUGCAGCUGCACAACAUUUACUGGCAAAGCUUUCAGAACGAAAAUGUGAGCUACCGACUUUAUGCCGCCUACUGGGAUGAGCGCAUAACGCCGCCCAAGGUGCGCGUGCUGGUGACGGCGAAUCAAAUGGGGCAGAGCUUUCCGCCAAGUCACUGCCAGCUGUGGUAUGCGGAUCGCGCCAAGCCGCUGCUGCUGCCUGUGGUGGAGCAUCUGAGCAUUUGGAUCAAGGGCUGGGGCUACAAGCCGCAGCUGAAUUAUCCGCAUUUGCUUGCGUGUGAGCUGCCAGCGGGGGAGCCGCCACGCACAGUCUCGCUGGUGGCUGCUGCGUGCGCGCGCGCCAGCAAUUCGCUGCGCGUGCAUUACGCGCCCAGAGCGGCGCCAACAAAUGCCAGCGUCGCAGCGUCGCUGAGCUUUGGCGUCUGCGUCAAGGGCUUUGACUUUCCCUACGUGGACUUGAGUGAGCCGCUCAUCGAGUGGUUCGAGCUGCAGCGUCUGCUGGGCGCUGCACGCAUCUACGCCUACAUGUAUGACGUGCAUCCGAGCGUGCAACGUGUGCUCGACUAUUAUCAGCGCCAGGGCUUCCUCGAGCUGCGCCCACUCACCAUGGCCAGCGGCAUGCCCCGGCUGCGGCACUAUCAGCACAUGCUGCUGCAGAAGCGUCGCCUGGUCAAGCGUCUGAACGAGCUCAUACCCUACAACGAUUGCUUCUAUCGCAAUAUGUAUCGCCAUGACUAUAUGCUCAAUGUGGACAUCGAUGAGAUUGUGCUGCCGCUGGGCAAGCUGCGCAGCUGGCAGCAGCUGGUGCAAGCGCAGCUGCUGCCGUUCGCCCAGACUAAGCCCAAGUGCGGCGGCCCCACUGCGCUCUGCGCCAUCAAUGGCUACUUCACCAAGCUGCUGGCGCCUUCGGCAGCGCCCGACGCUGAGCCGGAGCUGCAGGUGCUGCAGCGCACUUUGCGCUAUCGCAACUACUCGCUGCCCGGACGUGCCACCAAAUGUUUCCACAACACGCGCUUCUCGCUCACGCUGCACAAUCACUUUACGCUCAAGUAUCUGCCGACUGCGUGUCGCCCCCAAUCCUUCAGCACUCUGCUGGCGCACAUGCAACAUUAUCGCGAACCCGAUGCGAACUAUACGCGCGCUGAGCUUGUCGAGGAUCGCGCCAUUUGGCGCUAUGCGCCUCAGCUGCGCGCAGCCGUCGAGCAGGUCUGGCUGCAUCUGGACGAUGCUCAGCAGCCGGAGCUGGACGAUGUGCCAAGCGAAUUUCCGCUGCAGCUGCAGGAGGAUAACGAGAGCGAACUGGAGCUCAAGCAGCUGGUGCAACAGCUGCAGCUCAACUAACCCCAACGAAUGCCAUCGGCUAAGCAUACUCAACAAUAAUUCCACCAUAUCUUAGUUUAA